AUGGAAGUGAUGAUACUCUCUCCGCUUGGUUGCGGCUUUGAGACCUGCUUCAUUCAGAGUUCACAGAAUACUUUGGCUUCUGCCCUUCGAGGAUACCAGCAGAACAAUGUGAAGGUGUGCUUUGGAAAGAAAGGGAAAGAAAAGGAAGGAAGGAAAGAGAGAAAGAAAGACGAAAAGGGGAAAGAGAAAGGAGCCGCGGCCGGCGGCGAGGGCAGGAGGUUGGCCAACAAGCACAGCAAGAAGGUGCUGAAGGCCAGCCUGACGCUGGGCAUCCUCCUGGGCAUGUUCUUCGUGGCCUGGCUCCCCUUCUUCGUCGCCAACGUGACGCAGCGCGUCUCCGCCGAGCGGACGGCGACGCUGACGGCGACGCUUAGACAGUGCGAAGCCACGUUUUCACCGCCGAAUCCAUCCGCCUUGUUUCUCCCUCCGUCCAUCCCACCUCUGCUCGCUGGUGCCACUUCCUCGUCCCCGGCUGAGAGCUGUGAAGCACCACCGAGGUGCUCCCACGUGCUGAUCCGCGCUCGAAACGCCGAGGCUACGAGCUUUUACUGA